CAUUUCGAAACUGGUGGUGGCCACAAGGCACACAGCACAGAGUAUUGAAAACCCAUUGAAAUUAAAAAACUCAUUAAUAAACCUUAAAGGAUAACGAUUGCCGUGAACAAUGCCUCCUAACGAAACAACCGUGCUUUUGACCAACUAUCGUGAAAAACGUGCUUUGACUGCGGGCAGAAAUCAUUAUGGGUGUUCGAGUGCAGCGAGUGAUAUGUCUGAAAGUAAUGGCCAUGUGGUUCAUGUCAGCAAGGAUCCUGCCGAAUAUGAGCCCAUAUUUAGUCUGGACGAGUAUCCCUCCUCUUUGACUUUGGCCGAAUUAUUACCCUUCCAAGAUGAUCCCUGGUGGCGAAGAUUGCGUCUCAUACUGUUUGUGGCAUUCUGGAUAAUGCUAUCGAUGAUCUUUAUCUCUGCCUGCCUCUUGUCCUAUUGGGAAUACGAUCAAGUAUCUUGUCAAAUUGUUGAUCCAAAUUUGAUUACCUCAGCGUCAUUGUUGACAUCACCUACGGUGCCUACAUCGUCGUUAUCAGUGACCAUGAUGGCAACGGCGAGUGCGGUGCCUUCAAAAUUAGUCAUUAUGCCUUAAGUGACUCUUGGGCAAAUAUCCCUGGAAAAGUAGUUUAAGUAAAUAUUUAUAAUCACAAUGUGGUAAUCUAGAGUAAGAUAUUCAAGUGCUGCUGUAAAGCAAAACUCUGUGAUGAGAAAACGAAAGAUACUAAAAAUAAUAAAAACUUUACCAAUGGUGAAUACAAGGCAAUACUAAGUCA